UGCUCGCCGGUACAGUGUUCAUGACAUCACUCGUCGCCAUUGGAACAGACAAAGCGGCGGCGAGCAGCAGCGGAGGAUGCGGUGUCCGAUGUGGGGACCACCACCAGGCAAAAUGUUCCCUUACCCCAUUUUGCACCUAAAAUUACCGAUCGUCCUGCAGUAACGUCCGAUUUAGCCAUUUUGAUGAAGCCGAAAAAGCCCAGCGCGAGGAAGCAGGUGGCGACUCAGAGGGAGAAUGUACUGGGGUGUUGGCUUCGCCUCGUCCCGGUCGUGUGUGGUUGAUCUUGGCCGGAAUCAGAGCUUCUCCUUCGGGCUGUGUGGCUCCAAUGAGCACUACUCAUUUUAUGGGUACAUCAUCGCCUUCCCUCUGCAGGACUACGGCGGGAUCAUGUCGGGGCUGGGGUCCGACUCCUGGUGGAAGAAAACCCUCUAUCUGACUGGUGGUGCCCUGCUCGCCGCCGCUGCCUACCUUCUGCACGAACUGCUCGCUAUCAGGAAGGAGCAGGAGUUGGACUCCAAAGACGCCAUCAUCCUUCACCAGUUCUCCAGGCCUAAGUGCGGGGUCCCCAGCCUGUCUCCCUUCUGCCUGAAGAUGGAGACCUACCUGCGCAUGGUCGACCUGCCCUACCAGAAUUAUUUCGAUGGGAAGCUGUCUCCCCAAGGCAAGAUGCCGUGGAUUGAGUACAACAACGAGCAAGUGUCGGGGACAGAGUUCAUCAUCGACUUCCUGGAGGAGAAGCUGGGAGUGAAUCUGAACAAGAGCCUGAGCCCCCAGGAGAAAGCUGUCUCCCGGGCCGUCACCAAAAUGGUGGAGGAGCACUUCUACUGGACCAUCGCCUACUGUCAGUGGGUUGAUAAUCUGGAGGAGACGCAGAAGAUGCUGGCGGUGAGUGGGCCCCUGAGUGACCUGCUCAAGUGGAUCCUGAGUCACCUGACCGGCGGCAUCGUGAAGCGCGAGAUGUACGGCCACGGCAUCGGACGCUUCUCCAAGGAGGAGGUGUACGCCCUGAUGGAGAAGGACAUGCGCACGCUCGCCACGCUGCUGGGUGAUAAGAAGUACAUCAUGGGACCGAAGUUGUCCUCUGUGGACGCCACAGUGUUUGGUCACCUUGCCCAGGCCAUGUGGACGCUGCCGGGUACACGGCCUGAACAGCUUAUCAAAGGUGAGCUGAUAAACCUGGCCAUGUACUGUGAGCGCAUCCGCAGGAAAUUCUGGCCGGAGUGGUAUGUUGACGUCGACGACUUCUACUACGACGGGUCGAGCGACGACAGUGCCACCCCGUCCCAGCUGCUGGACUUCGGCCUCUACUCCCGGACCGAGACCUUCGAGGAGGAGGUGACGGAGAACAGCUUCUCGUGCUCGCACACGCCGGACACCGACGGCAGCGGGCCCUCGGUCUUCGACUCCGACAUGGACAUGGAGGGCUCCGACCAUGAGCCGCUCAAGUGUUAACCCCCCCCCACCCCGCGCCGCAGGUCCACAGCACAUGUCAACGCGGUCCUGAAACACAGACCGGACGAGGGUAUGCGCUCGAGGAAGGGGGUGGCCACCCGGGGGCUACAUCAUCAGCGCCCUCCCUCCCUCCAUGGUCCGUGUGCGCUGCCUUUCCAUUCAGCCACACACGUCCCAUGUCUUCACAGCUAUGAAAAUCAACACCAUAUCAAUGCAGAACUACAGCAAGGAUCCUUGUGAGAAUAAGGUGUGAAACAGGCUGCAUUCCUCUGAUAAAUCUCUAGCUAUUAUAACGAAACACAGAAAUGUACAGUGUGAAUACUUGGAUCUCCUGUAAGGCGCUGCAGUAGGAACUUCAUACGCCUAGAGUCACAGAUGCGCCAUGCCUGGGACCCUCUCAUUGACAGUCUACAGUCCGGACUUGUUAGCCCCAGCUGGGGCUAUCUGACAUGCGUCUCACUCUUUCUCUGUCCAGCUGCAGAACUCUCUGGAAAAGCAGUACUAGGAGCGCGUUUCACGCUCUGCCGAGUCAACGCUGACGAUGCGGUUUCUCUAAAACAGGUGAUUGAGGGGGCAGGUGUGCCAUCCGCCAAAAUUACGGGUUGGUCGGGUUGGUGAUGACAGCUCUUUUAAAACCAGUCAUUCUGAAAAUGAAGUUAAAUAAAAAUAAUGAAAUACUGAAGUAAUGAAAAUGAAAAAAUGUCCGAAACGAUUACUGACCGUCUCAGUCGUAGAGUGUGAAGACUUGUGAAAGACCCCACUGUUCAUUUGUCGAAGUCUCUGGAAAAAAGAAGAGUGGCUUGUAUUUUCUGAGUCCAGUGUUGUGAUCUUUAGGGAUGUGCCCGCGGCCAGGUCUAUAGAAACGCACAAAUCUGUGACAGAGCAAAGCACACUGGCCUUUUUUUAGACAUGUCUGUUUAAAUGUUGGUUGGAUGUGUUUGUUAGCUAGUCAUUCCACGCUAGUAGCAUGCGCUGUCCACAGAGCAGUUCCGAGGUCCUGCAGCACAGAGGGGGUUUAUGCGGCAGUGGCAUAAAAAUCUGACAUGAAUAUAACCACAUCAAUAUCAGAAAGAGACAAGGGCGGCUGUGCUAAUGCCUCCAUAUCUCUCUGGUCCUACUGUCCUGUGAUGAAUUGCUGUAAUCAGUACUAAACACUGUAAUCAACACUGGCACACACUUAACUGAGUCUAGUUUUUCCUGGACCAAAGUAAUGUGAGGUGGUUUAUGCUUCUAGAUUUCACGGUCUGAACUUUCAGAUCCCGUGAGCCUUCCUUCAGUCUAGAAGUGCCAAAACCCCCACGGGAGGUACGCUGUGCACUGCACUCCCAUUUUGAAUCUGUGGAAAAAGUUCCAGUUGCUCAGUAUUCUGUUAUAUCUAACAGCAUCAGGCCUGUGAUGUACUGGCAGUGUGGCUACGUUAGCAGCGGUCAGAGUGGCUCCAUAAACCCUCUCUUUAGCUGUGUGACAGGAACGGUGAGGUAUUCUUCCUGCAUGAGUCCACCCAGUUCCACUCGCAUGUGUCAGCCUUAGACCAGAAAUUACUGAGACAGCUCAUAGGACUGACUUACUGUUCUGCUUUUGCGUUGUUUACUUAAUGCCUCAGCCAGUAAUUCAAUUUAAGUUUUUUUUUUGUUUUGUUUUAUUAAACAAAUUGUUAAACCUUUGUGAGAGGAAUUUGUUUGGUGUUAUUUUGCACAAAUGCGGCCUGUCUUUUUUAUUAUUAUGGGCUUAUUUCUCCCUUUAACAGAGUGAAAGCUGCAGUUUGCCGCCAGUUUUGGGAGUACAUGAUCUCCCGCUACUCACUGUUCACUGCUCACACUCUCCGGUACAUGUUGUAAAACAGUUCCCUGACACGUUCACUACGAUACGCUGAAGAAACACAAAACGAGCAAGUCUGCGUGAGACUGUCUGCGCCAGGGCAGAAUUCACACCCCUCCCUCACCUUCAAAUGCCUGCAUGUAUAAGGGGGAGGGCCACCUCUGUCUGUCUAUAUUUGUCUGUCUGUCUCUGUGUGUAGUUAUCUUCCUCCUCUCAGCUGGCUUUCCUGGGCUGAGAGAGAGGGUGGGGUGACUUUUGUCCUGGAGUAGGUAUCUCUAAAUGGGGAGUAGGAAUGAAACAUUACCAGAACAGAAAGAGGACAGUCUGUGCAUGAAUCUAACCCGGUCCAUUUACCCACUGGCACUCAACAGGCACAGUCCAUAGUGGCUUUUAACGUGUACAUUGUCUUCAUGUUGACGGUUCCCAUUGUGAAAGUGAACAAAUGCAGCGACAGGACAAUGGAAUUAGAGACUGGGGGGUUUUUUGUGUUACCAUACCUCAUGCCGUAGCUUUGUGCCAUGUGGGUUGUCACCGUAGAAACCUGCUGGGGAGUGUCUGCUUGAGGGUCCUCUUACAAACUACCAACAGACAGUGGAGGUCUAAGGUCAGAGGAAGGCCUCCAAUCUAUCAUUUCCUUGUACAUAUCAGUACCACUAGUUUAUGAAGCCAUAUUACAGAAUUAAUGUUGUGUAUGUUGAGACAAUUGUGGACUAUACUGGGUAUUGUACAUAGGAGUGUAAAACUGUACAUGAAAUAAACCACUGUAAGAUACCAUGUACUAAUGACUUCCUAUGAAUGUACCAUAACCAGAGAUGAGUGGCUGUAUGGAAAUGAUUACUCCUACUAACUAAA